AUGGCGGCCAUGCGGAGACGGCUCCUGCCCGUCCUCGCCCUCUGCCGUGCAGCCCCCGUACCCAGACCCCACUGCCGCUUCCUCCACUCCCCCUCCCUCCUCGACGCCGUCGCCGCCUCCGCCUCCUCGUCCCCCAACCUCCUCUCGCGCAGCUCCGGCUCGCUCCCGCAGGCGAAGAGCGUCGGCGAAGUCGUGGCGGACGCCCCGAGGGGCGCUUGGGUGCACUGGAGAUCAAGCCCUCAAGGCCCCGAUGGCGUGGUGCUGGUGCUCGUCGGCGCCAAUGUCGCCGUCUACGCACUCUGCCGACUGGCGGAUCCGACGAUCAUGAUGAAUCACUUCGUGACUUCGCUGGACAAUUUCAAGAGCGGGCGGUUGCACACGCUGCUCACCAGCGCUUUCAGCCACAGGGAUGCUAACCAUCUCUUGAAUAACAUGACCGGCCUCUACUUCUUCAGUUCAAGCAUUUCUGUCAUGUUUGGUCCUGCUUUCCUUCUGAAGAUGUACCUAACAGGAGCACUUACUGGAUCUGCUGCCUUCUUGGCAGAAAUGACUUUUCUAGCUCCACGAAAACAGGGCCGUGGAGGAUGGAAAACUCCUAUGCUUGGUGCAAGUGGUGCAGUUAAUGCAAUCACUCUUCUCGUGAUAUUUCUGUAUCCAAGGGAACUACUGGACUUGCACUUCUUCUUUCCUGUUCCAGCUGCAUUCGUGGGAGCUCGUAUGAUUGGUACUGAUUUGUGGAGGAUGAAGAAGGGGCCUGCAUGCCUCCACACUGGUGGCCUCUUGACUAUAGUGUCGGUCUGA